AUUUAAAAAACAAUAACGAAAUUCCAGCUCCAAAAUAGCCUGUAACCCUUCUUUUCUUCGCUGCAGUUUCUUUUCUUGUGUUUCUCCUAACAGGAGAGACUCACAUGAAUUAAUAGCAGCUCUCUGAUCCUGCAAAGAAAUGGCGGCCAAUUGUUGUCGAGGUUGCAUCGCUUUCCUAUUAAAAUUCCUCAAUUUCUUUCAAACUUUUGUUGGGGUGUCCAUAAUUCUAUACUCUGUUUGGAUGAUAAAUCAAUGGAACGACCGUGCCCAUGUUCCUGCUCCUUUUGCUCCGAUUCCCGAGAAUUUGAAUCCCUCUGUUUUGAGUUUGUAUGAUUCGAGAAUUCGUGAUUCAAAUGGUGGGUUUCAUAAUCAUGAGUUAUUAGACAUUCAGAGAAUUGAGCUUUCUGGUCAUGGUUUAUCUCGGAAGCUUGGAGGAAUUUCAUUUAAUCAAUAUGCUGGGAUUAAUUUUGAGACGCUUCCUGCUCCAUGGUUCAUCUAUUCCUUCAUGGGAAUAGGCAUCUUGCUAUGCUUGAUUACUUGCAUAGGCCACAUUGCUGCAGAGGCACUUAAUGGAUGUUGUCUUUGUUCUUAUACCACGCUGACAACCAUAUUGAUAUUAGUCGAAGCUGCACUUGUGGGGGAUAUUCUAUUCAAUGACCACUGGGAUAAGGAUCUUCCCUACGACCCCACUGGAGAGUUCGAUACCCUAAAAUCAUUUGUUGAAGAUAAUAUUGAAAUUUGUCAGUGGGUUGGUCUCACAUUAAUAUGUAUUCAGGCACUAUCGUUGCUUUUGGCCUUAAUUCUAAGGGCCAUGGUCUCAACUAGGUGGGUGGACUACGACAGUGAUGAUGACUAUGGUGUUGGAAGGAUCAACUAUCAACAGCCAUUUUUGAACCACCAAGGAGGGCAAAACUCUACUUUGAUAUCUGGGGACAUUAAGAACAUCCGCACUGAUGCAUGGAGCGCACGGAUGAGAGAGAAGUAUGGCUUGAACCCCAAUGAAUUUGCAUACAAUUCAAUUGAGGCUUCAACGGGCAUGAGAAAUGGCGAAGAAAACCAAGGUCGGUGUAUUAUUAUGUGACUGGAAGACAAUUAGGCCUUUCUGAUACGCAGGAACUGAUUGUGCUCAAUUCUUUCAUUCUUGAACCUUUUCGAGUUCCUAUCCUGCCAAAUAGUGCUUUGUGUAUAUGCCUCGCUUUCAGAUGAGAAUGUUUAGUGGUUGUGCAUUUUGUCCUGGUGAUGUUAAUGUCUUCUUUGAGUUGGAAUUCCUGCUUUUUCCAUUCUUUUCUUGCUGGGAAGUUACACAGGUAACACAUACACCUUCUGUUCUCACAACAGACGGUGGAGAAGAAAUUGUAGUGCACACAGGACAGAUCAAUUAGUUGAGUUACUGUUCAUCUCCUCCUCCUUUAAGGCACAGUGGAUGCCAUGUCUGGGUGUCUUACAUAUGUGCAUGCUGUAUUGUUCCUUCUUUCUCACUGGCUUAGGAAGAAAAAAAAAGAAGGGAAAGUUAUCCAAAUAACUAGUUAACAUUCUAUUCA